UACCAGCCAGGCUUCCGUCCUCAUUCUCCUGCCGGGGAACGCACUCCGGCUCCAGCGUCACUUCACAGACAACCGAGGGGGAAGGAGAAGGAGACGCACCCGGGCCAAACCCCCAUCCCGCACCCGCCGCAGGAGAAGAUGUCCGAGCCCAAUAAGUACCGAGAGUGGAUCCUGGAAACAAUCGACUCCCUCCGCUCCAGGAAAGCGCGUCCGGACCUGGAGAGGAUCUGUCGAAUGGUCCGGAGACGGCACGGGUCAGACCCGGACCGAACCCGGACAGAGCUGGAAAAACUGAUCCAAGAGCAGACGGUGCUCAAAGUUAGCUACAAGGGCUCCAUAUCGUACCGGAACGCGGCCAAGGUGCAGAGGAAAAGCCGAAAGAAGAGUGAGUUUAUCACGGCGGCUGUUGGCGGCGGCGGCGGCGCGGAGGCAGCAGCGAGGGAGCGGACCAAACACGACCAUCUGAACAACAACGGCGACAGUGCGCACAGCUUCACCGACCAGGAGGAGGGAGAGGAGCCGGAGCCCAGCCCAGAUCCCCACACCCAGACAUCAGGCACGAAGCUCAAGCCUGCCUCCAGCCGAAGUAGCGGAAACGGUUGCCUCAACUGUGGCGCAACAACGGGCUGCGCUGUCGGGAGCGGCUGCAAAGAAGAGAAAGCAAGUGCACCGAGAGACAAGGGAUUAGAACAUCAGGCAGCGGGGGGCUGCCCGGAGCCCGGGGUCGGCCACGGAACGAGCGCGCACGGCGACGGCAGCAGGGCGACGCCGAGCAGGAGCGAUGCUGUCUGCGGAGGAAUGGAGCCGGGUCCGUCCGGAGCUGAGAGCCAGAACAAAACUUACAACGGGAGCGUCGGCAGCCUCCCGCAACAACAACAGAGGCAGCCCUCGCCCCUCAAGCCCAAACUUCGAGUCGGAGGAGGGGGCACCAGGUCGGCGGGGACCCACGCCAACUCCGCCGACCUGGGCGACAGGCUAGUGGCUUCUGUUCGACGCCUGUCCGAGAGGAGCCACCGAGGGGGCUCCGCCGCGGCCGCCUCUUCCACCGCCGCGACCAGAGGCCACAUGAAGCCGCUCGGACUCAAGGAGAUCCUGGGCUACCUGAGCAGCCAAGAGCAGCUGUCGGAGGAGAAGCUGACCCGAGGCAAAGUCAAGGUGGUCAUGGAGCGAGAGGUGGCGAGAGGCAGGCUGCGCAGGACCCGCUGCGGGAACAUCACUCUUCCCCUGAGGGGGAUGGUGAUGGUGGAGGAGCCGGCGUCGAAGAAGAAUGCGUCUGCGGACAGACUUGGGAAGAGCGCACUGCAGGAUAAGCAAACAACGACGAAGAAGCCGUCGCCCUCGUCUCCUGUACAGGAGCACGAGCCAAUGGAAGCAAGCAGCGAAGAAGUGGAACGGGGAGAGAACGAGGAAGAGGAGGAGGAGGAGGAUGCUGAUGAUCCCCGGAGUUCUGAUGAGGAGGGAGGACCAACGCCUGUAGCCAUGACAACCGAACCAGGGCUCACGGAGAAGCCCGCAGAAGAUGCUGAGAUCCAGGCAGUGUCAAAGGAGGGGAGCCCCCAUCAGCAGCAACAGCACAAUGACAAAGCUGCUCUCUCCGGGGUGGAUUCCCUCGUCAGGACACCGUCCCCACCUGUUCAGGGAGUUGUCGAGGUGUUGCAGUGUAGCAGUGAACGCUUGGAGGAGAGAGCUGACCUCCUGGAUCAGCCACAUAUGGCAGCACAAACACAGAGCCAGCCGCAGCAUGACGGGAUCAACCACACCUCCUCAGGCUUCAACAACAUGAAGUGUAUAACAGAGGUCGGUGUGUCGUCCUGCCUGCUCACACCCACCGCCUCCCCGAGAGACUCCGGCCUGUCUGAGGAGCUAGGGAUGAUUGGAGGCGUUGGCAGUGGAGGGUUCAUGAAGUGUGAGGGGGCCAGUGGGAGCCCGAUGGACUGGACGGUGUCUGAUGUGGUCAACUAUUUCACUGCAGCAGGUUUCCCUGAGCAGGCGGCUGCUUUCAUGACCCAGGAAAUCGAUGGCAAGUCUCUGCUCCUCAUGCAGCGAAACGAUGUCUUGACUGGCCUGUCAAUCAGGCUCGGCCCUGCCCUCAAGAUCUAUGAGCGGCAUGUGAAGGUUCUGCAGAAAACACACUUUGAGGACGACGACUGCUAACGACGUCUGUGUCAACAUAUUAAGUCAAGUUAUAGAAAAAUGCAUGCACGAUAUACAGUAUAGACUUUGCUUUUCAUCUCAACAAACAUAAACACCUCUGUUUGUCAUUCCCAUCGUCCCCGACGACUGCUCGACACCAUCAAAAAGGAUUUUCUACUAAACUGUGAGCGCAAACAUCGGCCGGAGAUAGCAGACUUUGAAGAUGCAGGAGGUUCAAGACAGACAUGCAAUUUCUUUUUUUAUCUACAACGAUCAAGCACUUUGCAUUUUCUUGAUAAAACCCUGCAAGACGUUUUUCCAUAAACUGUUCUUUCAUGUUAACCUUAAUGCACAUUUUGAAUGAGGUUCUCUUCUUCGGCAUUGACUUUCUUUUUUUUUUUGCCGGAAUGCAAGAGUUUCUUGCCGUGGGCGCGUGGAAGUUGAUACACACAUGGACGCAGCAUGUUGGAGUGAACAGCGACAUUAUAAGUUGACCAGAGUGGAAGGAUGAGAUUCUGUUUUGUUGCCGCUGACCCAUCGUUGUUUUCAAUGUCAAGAUCAAAUCUGGUGCAAUAAGCAAUAAUCUGAUGAUUUCCCUACACCUCUGACAGGGUGCAGCACCAAGUCAGCUCAUGAUCAGCAGGUGGUGGAUUUGCAUGAUAAAAGUCUCAUUCAUAUGCUCAUAAUGUUUUAAACAGAGUCGGCAAUGAUCUCUGAUCUAUGAAUGACCAAAUCAGUGUCUGCUUUCACAAAGAUAGACUCUGACUGUGGCUUAAAAGUCAGACGCCUGAAUUUAUCUCCUGCACAAAUAGUGACCAAGUAAAACUAAUUUGCUAUGAGUGGUGGGUAGAUUUUUUUUAAAACUAAAACAUGACUGACUGGACAACACUGGACAUUCACCCCAACAGAAUGCAUUUGCCUUCUGGAAGGACAUAAUGUUUUUAAAGAACUCAAACUAAGUACGUACUUACCUCCACCAAGGCCCAACAAUCCCCUCAUGAAAUCACACUUAUAUUAACCAAAUUCCGAUUUUUAUUUUGAUCUGCACCAAAUAUCAGUCCUCUACACAUCCUGAAAACACAUCCUAUGAUCCUGAUCUGCACUAAAAUGUAAUAGGUUCUUCCUCAGGUCGUGCCUUGUCCCUCCAAAAAAUGUAAUGGAAAUGGGUACAGUAAUUUGUGUGUAAUAAACACACAAAAAGCAUAACCUCGUGGACAUAUUCCAAGAUUCAGCAGAGAAGAACCUUUGUUAGUAUUAAAUGUCAGUGCGGUGGCGAGCUGAGAUGAGGUGCUGUGUCUUUAGGACGCUGUACCUGUGCAAGCUCAUCACAUAAGGAUCAGGACUGGGAUUCACCAGUUCUUUAACCCACCCAUCAUGAAGUUUGUUUUUUUAAAUCUUUUGUUUCAAAGUUUAUAUUGACUGCUGAACUAGUUCACUGAAUCAGGUUGCCCAAUUAAAGCAGAUCUUAACUGGUUAAGUUUAUUACUAAUGUGUUAAUAGACAGCCUAAGUGCCUGUGGCAGAACAUUUAAACAGUUUAAAACAGGCUGUUACUGGACGAUUAUACAAAAAACAAAAUAGAGUUUUGGAGGUGCAAAACAUGAAGCAUUCAGAACUAUGGGUUUAUGUUGUUUAUAUUUACAUUACAGAAAAAUGUGCAUUAAAAAGUAAGAAGUAUUCAGUUUAGAAUGAGGGGGAGAUAAUAGUGAUAAGAAAAAUCUAUGUCAAGACAGACGCCCUAUCUCAUUAAGUUAAAGAAAGAUCUGUCCCUUUCUACAGAUGUGUGCCAAAAUCUAAUGGAGAUUUCCGUGGCCCAUGUCCCAUCCUUACACCAAAUUCAGUGGAAAUCAGUUUUGUAUAUAAAAUCUUGUUGACAAACACACAAACUUAAAGGAGCGAAAACAUAACCUCCUGGGUGGAGCUAAUCUCCACAUUUAACCCAGAUCAGACUAAUUUAACAACAAAACAAAGAAUAAUCUAACACCAGUUUGAAAAUGUAUUUUUAAAUGUUGAUCAAACAUACCAGCCAAGUGAACUGAACAAUCAAACCUCAACUGUGUAGUGGGGUGGAUAUGUAAAUAUACCGAAACAUACUCCAGUCAAGACAUUAAACAUUUUGAAUCCUUGGAAUAACUUUAAGGGAAAUAUGCUGCAGCGAAUUCAAUCAAGUAAUCUCAUACCAACAGAAUUCGUUUUUCUGUUGUUUACUGGUCCUCCCUCCCAGCCCUGUAACAACAUACAUUCCAUGUCUUUUUAUUUCAGUGACUGUUUCUGUUUUCAGCACAUUUCUUUUUAAACCGCCUCUACCUCUCUCCCCUCAUUGCUCCCUUUAACUCCACUUUUUCGUUUUCCAAGAACACAUAUUCAGGUGAUGUGAAGGAGAGGAUGGCUGGGUUUGAGUCACACACAGGGGAUGAUAUACAGUCGCCUCUGUUGCUUGUCUCCUGAUAUUUGUUGAAG